AUGCCUCGCUGGGCCUUCGAAGUAACGCCAGACACACUCUCCAAAGCAGACAAAGACACACUAGCCCAAGCCAUUACGGACAAUUACGUCAAAUUAGGGAUUCCCGCGUUCUUAGUCAACGUCUUCUUCCACGAAAACCGCAUUGGCACUUUUUACAGUGGAGGAAAAACACCCCCAAAUACAGUCUUCUUCGUCCUCGAUCACGCAGCCCGCUCUUUUCCCAACGAAGAGGUCCGGCUGGGUUUCAUCGAUAGUGUCAAUAAGAUCGUGGAGCCGGUUUUGGCACCCAAGGGAGUCAAGUGGGAGUACAAUAUCUACGAGCACCCCGCAGACAAUUGGCGCGUAAAUGGCAUGAUUCCACCUGUGCAACAGAAGGGGCUCUGGGAGCAGUGGAUGGAUCAGAACGAGGCGGUCAAAUACGGGGAGUAUCUGGAAAAAUAG